UGCCACAAGGGUCAUAUUAUAUACCAUUGCUAGAAAGAGAAACGUGUCAUAUUAAUUCCGUGUACAAAGAAAGCGGCCGCGCUGGACGUGGCCACUGAAAAGUAAACAAUUAAAACUUUUUUAUUUAAAUAAUUAUGCAAAGUGUCUUAAAUAUGGCUAAAGAAAACGCUGUAAAAUCCAAAAUACCCAUUCCGGUGGAUCCAUUGCCACCUUUAUCGGAACAUACCCUGAACAGAAAUCUGGUCAAGAAAAAUGAACAGCAUCCACGUCAACCACUAGAAACUCUUUAUCAAGAAGCCAUAAACUCGAAAAGAGCUACUUUAAAUAGUAAGAAAGUUAAAACAGUUUUAAGAAGAUCCAACAGUGCUUUAACUAAAAUUGACACGCAACAUGUGACCAUACGACAAAAUAAUGAAGACUUAGAUUGGAGCUACAACGUUUUUAAAGACACUUUAAAUUUUAAGACUAAUAAUAAAAGUACCGUUGAUAAACGUGCACUUGAUACCCAUAAAAGUAGUCAUGUAGAAGAAAAUCGUGUGGAAGAAAGUCGCAAGGUAUCGACCCCUACCUUGAAGUCGUUUCUAGAACCGUCGAGAAUAAGAAAUAUAAAAAGAAGUCUUAAGAGACCGCACAGUCGAGAAUUGAUAGGUAUUUCUCCCGCCGUAAAUGAUGACAAAAGAGACGAGGAACAGAGACGUAGACUCGUUUUUACUGAUCGUGUUGACAGCAACUCGCAACCUAACGAUUCAUGGCUUAACUCCUAUGCUUCAAGAUAUAAUCAAGAUUACGGACCAGAUUUAUUUAAUUAUCUAAUGAUGAGAGAGAAACCUCCUCUAGUGCCAAGUAUAACUACUUCAAGACGCGCUGUUAUAAUUAAUUGGCUUGUGAAAGUCAACGGUCCAAAAGGAAAUCCGGCAGCAGUGCAAACGGCAGCGUGGUACUUCGAUACCCUACUCUCGGUUGUUGAAGUCGAGAUAAAUAAGUUGCAAGUGGUUGCUGCCGCUUGCUAUUGGAUAGCAUUAAAAAUACACGGCAAUUUCGGGUCUGCCAAGAAGCUGGUCAAAAUUGGCGCCAAUGCCUACUCUGCUAAGCUUUUAAAAUCUGCCGAAAUAGCUGUUUUGAAAGAAUUGAAAUUUCCGAUCCAGCCAGUUGUGGCCCAGGAUUUUAUAUCAUAUUUUUCGUGGGAGUGCGAUUCAUCUAGUUUCGUGGAAAUCGAGGCAGCAGCCACGCUCAUCUACAUGGCAGGCCUUGUAGUGUACAAGACCCUUACCUUGUACCCAUCAGCUUUAGCAGCCGCUGCUAUACGCAACACCUUGAAUCUACUCAACAAAACAGAGUUACUGGCGAAGCUUGGGAAGAAUGCUGUAUACAAAGCAGCGUCAAAGAAAGAGGGUAACUUCGGUACCAUAUGUUUACUGCAGAUAGACGCACUCCGGAAAAUGACAUCACCAAGUUUCGAAUAUCGAGCCCUAUUGGAAAAUGUGAAAAAUCAUACUUUGGCUGAGAAAAUCUUAACUUGUGUAAAAAAUAAAAUAUACAAGCCUGCCUAAAUUACCUGCCAUCCAAUAUUCUGUCCUACUGCUUACUUGUUUUCAGUCAUAAUAUUUAUAUUUUCUCUUUUCUGUUUCAAUUACUUUAUUUUAAUGUUUACAAAUUAAAAAUGAUGUGACAUAAACCUAAGUAUCUAAGUGCUAUAUGACGAUACGACUUUUUACUUACGAUUUAUAAAAUGCAUAAAGACUUUGACGUAUACUAAUUAAAUAAUAAACUUUCAAUUAUCAAA